AUGGUGAACGUACUGCCCCUUGUGGGCUCGAUUAUUGGAGGCGCCAUCCUCCAAUUCUCGCUCCUUGCUAUCUACAAUAUCUUCUUCCAUCCUUGCCGUAAAUUCCCUGGCCUAAAAAUCGCUGCAGCUACAGGAUUGUAUUAUCAUUACAAAUGUCUACAGGGCGAGGAAGUUGCAUGGGAGGUGGAAAUGCACAAAAAGUAUGGAGAAGUUGUCCGCCUUGCACCUGAUCGAUUGUCUUUCGUGACAGCCGGAGCCUGGAGAGACAUUGCUGGUCCCUCAGUUGGGAAACGCCUUGAGAACCGCAAGGAUCCGUCAGCGCUUCCAUCAAACAUCAAAGACAUGCGAUCUUUGGCUUCAGAAUAUCGAACAGAAGUCCACAGGCCGCGACGAAGAUUGUAUCAGAAUGCGUUCAGCGAUAAAGCCUUAAGGAAACAAGAGCCCUUGAUUCUCGGCUAUGUCAACAUGCUCGUCAAGGUUAUCAAGGAAGCCAGCACAGAGAACCUAAUCAGCAAAGUGGAUAUCCAGAAGCUGCUCAACUGCUGUACAUUUGACGUAAUGGCAGACCUAACAUUCGGGGAACCUCUUGGUCUACUCGAGCAAUCCGAGUUGAGUCCAUGGGUCGCCCAGAUCUUCAACAACAUAAAGAACGUUUCGAUCAAGCGCGUCUCCCUUGAUUACCCGAUCAUGGAGCGUAUAAUCAAAUUAAUCACACCCAAAUCUCUCAAAGCCGGAGGACUAGCACACUACGAAUACUCAGCCCAACGGGUCGAGAAGCGCCUCGCAAAGGGAAUUGACAUUGGAAAACCGGACAUCUGGUCCCUCGUCAUGACCAAGAACGAGCAGGGCGAGAUGCCAAAAGAGGUCAUGAUGGCAGAUGCUGGGACGUUCAUGGUUGCAGGAACAGAGACGACGGCUUCGACUCUCAGCGUCCUGUUCUACCUCUGUCUUACGCAUCCAGAGCAAAUGCAACAGCUCCAGACCGAAGUGCGUGCUCUACGCGAAGACGAACUGACGCUCGAUACCCUGCAACACCUACCCUUCAUGUCCGCAUGUAUCAAGGAGAGUCUGCGCGUCCACCCCGUCGUCCCUGUUCCGCUCUUCCGCAAGACGCCAGCAGGCGGCAACGCCAUUGAUGGCCAGUGGAUCCCAGAAAACACUCGCGUCGCAGUCUCCCAAUUCGCAGCCUACCACCACAGCACCAACUUCAAAAACCCAGACUCCUUCCUUCCCGAACGCUGGCUCCCGGGCACGGGAUACGAUGCCGAUCACAAAGAUGCAUUCAACCCGUUUUCGCUUGGACCCCGCAAUUGUAUCGGUCAAAAUCUUGCAUAUCACGAGAUGCGCAUCAUUCUCGCAAAACUAGUGUGGAAUUUUGAUUUUGAGCUGUGUGAAGAGAGUCGAAAUUGGAUUCAGCAAAAGGUGUAUAUUCUGUGGGAUAAGCCUCCGCUUAUUGUCAAGGCAAAAUAUAUCAGGGGAUGA